GCAAAUUACAGAUUGGCUCAAACGCUCGAAAUAAACCAAAAAGUGUUUUUGGUCUAUUCGUGCUGAGCGGCGCAUUUAAUUUGAUUUUUGCAAAUCGAACCCUUCAUGCUGGGCAGCGCAUCAAACCAAAACGGUGAACCCUUCAACUUCAAAGAAUUCUGUGCAGAGGUGCUGAAGAAGCGCGUAACAAAGACAGGCACAACCAUAGUGGGCAUAAAAUCGGAGCAGGGCGUCAUACUGUGCGCAGACACGCGCGCAACAUCCGGUCCAUUCGUUGCCGAUAAGUCGUGUUUCAAGCUGCACCGCAUAUCAGACGACAUAUACUGUGCGGGUGCCGGCACGGCAGCCGAUACGUACAGGGUGACCGAGUACGCGUCAUCGAUGGUGCGCAUCUUUGAGACGAAAUACGCCAAGAAGGCGCCCGUGAAGUACGUCGUGUCGGUCAUUUCCAAGUACCUGUUCCAGUACGGCGGGUUCAUAUCGGCUGCGCUUAUCAUUGCCGGUCGGCACAGGAGCACGUACCACUUGUACUCUGUGUCACCCGAUGGAACGGUCAACCCCGGCUUUUAUCUGUCGAUGGGAUCGGGCGGGCUGGCAGCGGUGAGCGUGCUUGAGGCACGGUACAGGAGCGGCAUGGACAUGGAGGAGAUUAAGGCGCUUGGUGCGGAUGCAGUCAAGGCGGGUAUCAUGAACGAUUUGUACAGCGGGUCGAAUGUUGAUUGCGUGGUUAUUGAUGGUGCUGGCACGAACGUGGUGAGGAACUUUCUGAGGGUGGCGAAUACGAUGGAGGGUAAACGCAUUGUUUAUGCGUUGGAUUCGGUGAAGAUAAAGAAAGAGGAGGUGUUUGAGCUGGUUGAAGAGAUUGUUGAGUAAAAUUCUUGGUUGUUUAUGCGGUA